AUGGAAUUCGACGAGGACACCGUCCUUGCAGUCUUCUUCAUCGGCUUUCUGGCCUUUGCCUUUACGCUGCCAUGUACCAUCACCGCCUGCAUCGCAGCCUCUCGAACGCGUGCAUGGAACAAAGACAAGCGUGCUCGCAAUGGGAGACGCUACGGACUGCUGCCUCAGCAGGCCAGCAUGACUGCCGACCCCGAGGCAGCCCUUGAAUCUGAGUCCGACUCCGACCACGAAUCCGAUUAUCUCGAUUCCGAGGACGAGCGCAAUGCUGUCAGCAAGCGUGAGCAGAAGAAGAAGGCGAUUGAAGAGCGCGACGCAGACCUUCUGCUGAGCACAUCUGCCAAGUUCAUCAAGGAAUGGAAGAGUGUCUGGCGUGGACCCGGUGGCAUUGAGAAAGUUAGGCAGGAGGCGGAGGCCAAGGCUGAGGUCGAGCGUCGCAAGAUUGCCAGGGAGGCAGUGCGCGAGUACUUGAGGAUGGAACGGAAGAAGGCGAGGAAAGCAAGGAAGGCGGCUGAGCAGGACGAACAGGCUAUGGAGCUGCCCAGCUACGGCAAGGCUGUCAGCGGCGAGAAGCAGUAA